UCUCCUUCUUUGGAGGUCUUUAAGCAGAGGCUGGAUGGCCAUCUGUCAGGAUGCUUUGAUUGUGAGUUCCUGCAUGGCAGGAUGGAGUUGGGGUGGAUGGCCUUUGAGGAUCUCUUCCAACUGUGUGACUCUAACACACUUCAACAAAGAGCACCAGCACCUCCGCUACAACCCUCUGCGCCAUGACUGGGUGCUGGUGUCCGCCCACCGCAUGCGGCGCCCGUGGCAGGGGCAGGUGGAGAGGGACCCCCAGGAGGACAAGGCCAACCCGCACUGCGAUCCAGCCAACCCCCUCUGCCCAGGGGCAAGGAGAGCCAGCGGAGAGGUGAAUCCCAACUAUGAGAGUACGUUUGUCUUUGACAAUGACUUCCCUGCAUUGCAGCCAGAUGCCCCGGAACCUGAUGCUGAUGGCCAUCCCUUAUUCCGUGCAGCAUCUGCUCGAGGCGUCUGCAAAGUCAUGUGUUUUCACCCAUCUUCCGACCAGACACUUCCUCUCAUGUCUCUUGCUGAGAUCCACAAUGUCAUCGACAAAUGGUCAGAGAUUGCUGUGGAGCUGGGUGCCUCUUACUCUUGGGUACAGGUCAGUGUGUGCCACAUGUUAUUUAUGCAAUGUUGCUUUAAUGAUAGGUUAAUGGCGGGUUGGCUCUAUGAUUUGAAAGCCUUUCAUGCCAUCACAGUCACACAGGAUAAGGACAAGGGGAACGAUCCCUUCCCUAUCCUGUUCCUGUGUGAAGAUCUCCAUAAAUAAAACAUAUUAUUAUUAUUUAUUAUUAUUAUAAUUUUUUUGUUUCCAAGUAUUCCAAACACUUUCUAAAAGUCAUAAGGACCAUUUUUGUCAUGUCUUUCAAGCCUCAUUAGCCAGGAAUUCCUUUUUUCAACAAAGGGAAGUGAGCACAAGUCAAUUCUGUUUGUUAAAAAAAUCCUCUCCUUUGUCUAAAAUGGCCCACUGGGCCUCCCAAAUAUGAUUAAAAUGACCCCUAAUCCCCAAAGGGUCAGUU